UAUAUAUAUAUAUAAAGUCAAAAUAUGAAAUGAAUUUAUUUAACAAUGACAAUAUGGAAUUAUAAGGCAAUAUUCCUUUAUAGAAAAAAUACUAUAUAUCUUGGGAUACGGAUGAAACAAGAAUAACUGUCAGUCGCGUCUGACAUUGUUGGCUGUGAAAACAUGCGCGGACGCAAAGAAACUAAAAUUACGAAAUAUCGCAUUAAAUGUUAAUUAAAUAUUAAGUAUCGUUAUUAUAUACUUAUCGAGAAAACGUGUAAAAAUCAUGAAUGAUCGAUACGAUCGAAAUCUAUUAAUUUAAAAACUUGUAUCAAAAUUGAAACGAUUCUAUAAAAAUAUUAAUGUGCUGAUCAAACAGAUUUCCAACAACGUAUUCAGCGGAAAAUGAUAUUGGAAAUUGUAUUCUGGCUGUUUAUUACUUUGCUGCUAAUCUCGCUGCUUUUGACUUAUAUUUUUAAUAUGGGGACCACGUUAUGGGAGAUUUUUGUAUCAUUAAUCAAUACGAAAACAGUCGAUUUACGAACAAAAUUCGGCGAAUGGGCAGUGGUGACUGGAUCCACCGAUGGAAUUGGCAAAGCAUAUGCAAAAGAAUUAGCUACAAGGAAAAUAAAUUUGGUGUUAAUCAGUCGAUCCUUGGAAAAAUUAGAAAAAACUAGAAACGAAAUUAUGCAAGAGAAUCCAACUGUUGAAAUAAAGAUUAUCGUAGCAGAUUUCAGCAAAGGAAAAGAAAUCUUUGAGAAACUAGCAGAACAACUAAAAGAUAUUCCAAUUGGUAUUUUAGUCAAUAAUGUAGGCGUGCAGUAUAGUCAUCCUAUGUAUCUCGGAGAAGUUCCAGAAGAUGAUUUGUGGGAUAUCAUCAAUAUUAACAUUGGAGCCACUACAUUAAUGACACGUAUAGUCAUCGGACAAAUGCAAAAGCGAGGUAAAGGCGCAAUUGUUAAUGUAUCAUCCGCUUCGGGAUUUAUACCUUUGCCAUUAAUGACUGUAUAUUCUGCGACGAAAGUUUACAUUAUAAGUUUUACCGAGGCCCUCAGAGCUGAAUAUUCUAAAUUUGGAUUAACUAUACAACAUUUAUCUCCAUUUUUCGUCAAUACAAAAAUGAAUGCGUUCAGCAAUUGGUUACAGGUAUCCAAUAUAUUAGUACCUAGUGCAACAACUUACGCCAAAAAUGCAGUCAACACUCUAGGAAAAAUUGAUUCGAGUACAGGUUAUUGGAGUCAUGGAAUUCAAAAGAUCAUCGUACUUCUUGUACCAAUAGAAAUAAGAACAAAAUUGGCAAUGAUUUUAAAUAUGAUUUUCAGAAAAGAAUAUUUUAAACAAAAAAGAAAUAUCUAAGCAUAACAUGCUUAAAAUUUAUAUGUUUAUCGCCAUUGCUUUAAACUAAAA